GUUUUACGUCAAACGUGUCGCCAUGUUGCAUAAGUUCCAAUAUUAGUGUCAUUUGUGUGUUUAUGUUUAUGUGUGUUUUCUGUUUUCAACUUUUAUUUAUUUUUACGGAAUGCUGAUUAAUGUGAUGGUUGAUUUUUAGGAUAUUCAACUACCACUGGAUUAUUUAUUCUAAUUCGAGCUGUCAUCUUUGGUUGCCAUACAUCGGAAAGCUUUGGUUUAUACCCAGGAACAAAAAGUCUACUUGCUAGUGCAAACUUAAAAGAAUGGCCUCAGACAUUCCUUCCCUGGGUGCAUCAGUUGCACCUGGAAAUCCUGGAACAGGAGUUCAGGCGGGUGGGGUCAUUUUAUCACAGAGACCAAAUAAGAGACGCUCAGGGAUGGACUUCGAUGAUGAUAUGGAUGAAAAUAAGUUUUUAAGAAGUGAUGAUGAUGCAACAACAAACGACAAAGAACGGUUUGCAAGGGAGAACCACAGUGAGAUUGAACGACGACGCAGGAACAAGAUGACAGCGUACAUAACAGAACUAUCUGACAUGGUGCCUACAUGCAGUGCUCUAGCACGUAAACCAGACAAACUCACCAUUCUGCGCAUGGCUGUAUCGCACAUGAAAUCACUGAGGGGUACUGGAAAUACUUCCACUGAUGGCACCUAUAAGCCUUCCUUCCUCACUGACCAGGAACUGAAGCACUUAAUUCUCGAAGCAGCAGAUGGAUUCUUAUUUGUGGUAUCCUGUGAGACUGGACGGAUAGUGUACGUUUCUGAUUCUGUCACCUCUGUAUUAAAUCAGCCUCAGUCAGAGUGGUUUGGCAGCACUCUCUAUAACCAGGUUCACCCAGAUGAUGUAGAGAAACUUCGUGAACAACUUUCAACAUCAGAAAAUACUUUAACAGGGCGAAUACUGGAUCUGAAGACUGGAACAGUGAAGAAAGAAGGGCAGCAGUCCUCUAUGAGAAUGUGUAUGGGUUCAAGGAGGUCUUUCAUUUGCAGAAUGAGGUGUGGCAGUGCUCAGGUUGAUCCUGUUUCUAUGAACAGACUCAGCUUCUUGAGGAACCGAUGCAGGAAUGGUCUUGGUCCAGGGAAAGAUGGAGAAAUUCAAUAUGUUGUAGUCCAUUGCACAGGCUAUAUUAAGGCUUGGCCUCCUGCAGGUGUAAGUUUACCUGAUGAUGAACCUGAUACUGGCCAAGGAAACAAGUUCUGCUUAGUGGCUAUUGGCAGGUUGCAGGUUACCAGUUCUCCAAAUUGCACAGAUCUUGACAGUGCCUCUGCACCAGUCGAGUUCAUCUCACGACACAACCGUGAUGGGCUUUUCACAUUUGUGGAUCACCGUUGUCUUGCUACCGUGGGGUAUCAACCACAGGAGCUGUUGGGGAAAAGCAUUAUGGAUUUUGCUCAUCCAGAAGAUCAAAGGCUAUUGCGGGACAGUUUUCAAGAUCUGCUGAAACUGAAAGGCCAGGUUUUGUCUGUGAUGUAUCGGUUCCGGUCCAAGAAUCGUGACUGGAUGUGGAUGAGGACAAGCUCAUUUACCUUUCAGAAUCCAUUUUCAGAUGAGAUUGAGUACAUUAUCUGCACCAACACCAAUGUCAAGAACUCCAGUCAAGAACCACAGGCAGCUCUGGCUAAUGCCAUGCAGGUGCCACAGCUAGGGCCAAAUGUCAGUCUUCCCCUGGAGAUGAGCCCAGGGCAACUGGCACCCAGGCAACUGCAGCAGCAGCAACAGCAGCAAACAGAGAUGGAAGCAGUUCAGGGACAGGAUACAGUAUCAGGAUAUGACCACUCACAGGUUCCUGUUCAGCCAGUAACUGUAGCUGGCACAGAACACAGCAAGGUGAUGGACAAAGCUGACCCUUUGUUUGUGCCUGAGAGAGAUCCUCGAUUCACUGAAAUCUUUACUGGAAUUAAUGCUGCAGAUCAGAACAAGGCGAUUCCAUCCAGCUCAGUUUCAGGGAACCAGACGAUAUUUCCCCAGGGAAACCCUUUCCCAACCACACGCCCUGGCGAGAACUUCAGGAGUAAUGGCAUUGUACCUCCAGUAAGUAUUAUACAGCAGUCUCUACCUACAGGACAAGUCUUGAACAAUAUCUCCCGACCAGCCACAGUUACAGGAGCCAAUUGGACAGCAGGAUCACGACCGUCCUUCAGUGCACAGGUUGUAUCACAAACUGCUCAGAAAACGCAACCACCUUCAUAUGGAAUAGGUAACUUCCAGAACAACCCUCCAUCCUUUAACCCUUUGACUGCUAAUGCAUCAACUACUUCAACAGCAGCAACAUCUGCAUAUUCAAAUCUUGCAGCUCGCAAUGCAAACUUUGCUGCCGAAAGUGGACAGCCCAAUGCACAGUUCCAAUCCCGACAGGCAGAAGGAGUUGGAGUUUGGCCUCAGUGGCAGGGUCAGCAACAUCAUACUCGAAGUACUGCUGAACAGCAUGUCCAGCAACAGCAGCAGAACCAGCCAGAGGUUUUUCAAGAAAUGCUGUCAAUUCUGGGAGAACAAGGGCCUAGUUACAACAGUGAGGAAUUUCCGGACAUAAACAUGUUCCCUUCUUUUCAAGAAUAAACAUACUCAUAACAAAGUGUCUGAUGAAAAGUACAUUUUAUAGGACUGCUGAAAACUUUUUUAUUGGUACCUGUACUUUGAACUGAAAGCAGAUGAAAUUAAGGUUGCUGUUGUUGACCUGGCAUUUUGCAUCAGAAGCUGCCUUAAAUCUGCAACUUAUUUGUACUACUUUGAAGACAAAGUGCCAAGUCCUGUGCUGUGUACAGUUUAAAUGUAGCCCUUCAAGUUAGGAAGUGCCACAUUGUUUCCUGAGUUAUGAAGACAGUAUGUAAAGAAUAAUCACUAAAAUGGAGCUGGACGGUAUCAUGUAGUUUCAUGAAGACAUGGCAUUUUUCAUAGAAAGGGUUUAUUAUGAUUCUUAAUUAAAGUCACAUUACCAGCUGUAGCAUACUGAUUCUGUCUCAUUAACAUUUGCUUUUUUACAUCUUUUUCCUACUAAAGCAGGCAUCAUUCUUUUUUGCCACCAGAUUAAUCCUGUUAUUUUACAGCUUGUUGUUGAAGGCUUGCUCUUGGCUUUAUUGUGUCCUGCUGCUUGUGAUUAAGGAUUCUUAUAAAAAAUAGUAUUGAAAAAUACUGUGCAAUGUUGUGGAAGCACAUAAGCUCUAAUCUGAUGGGAUGAGCUUCUCAUAUUGGAUGAAGCCUCUUUACACUUUUGUGAGCAGUUUGGAGGCAGCACUGGAACAAGAUGAACACUGCUUCUGUCACCCACAGGAUGUAAUUUCUGAGCCAAGUUUGCAGCUAUAUCCUCAUACCAAAAUUGUAACUGUUUUAUGUCGUAUAUUUGUUUUUUCAUGCUAUCAGUAUUGUCCUCAUGUGCGUUUCAUAAAAUCUGCUUUAAUGGGA